AGAGACCUCCUUGGUCUUUGAAGUCUCUGUAGAAUAACCCUGUUUGUGGACAUGUGAAACUCUCUAUGGCACAGUAAUGGGAGGAAUACUGGAGCAGCUCAGGACAUAAAAGUCCCCAUGGAGUAGUGACAGUGGUUUUGCCAGGCAAACCUCAGGCUGCUUAAGAAUCAUUUUCUAGUUGAGGCUUCUCUCAGCAACAAGGAAACCACUCAUCAGGAUCCCACAGGUUUCUUUCCCAUGGUAACCUCACGUUGGCAUCAUGCAGAUAAUUACUCCCACUUCCAACACCUUUACUUUGUCUUAACUGGAAUUCCAGGGCUUGAGCAAAAGUAUUAUUGGAUGGCAUUCCCACUGGGUGCUAUAUAUGUCGUUGCCCUCUUUGGCAAUAGCAUCAUAAUCUCUACCAUCAAAUCUGAAUCAUCUCUACGUAUCCCUAUGUACUACUUUCUGUGCAUGCUGGCAUUGGCAGACAUGGGGCUUGCCCUCUGUACUUUGCCCUCUAUGCUAGGAAUAUUCUGGUUUAACUACAAGUCCAUUGCCUUUGAUGCCUGUCUUGUUCAGAUGUACUUCAUCCACACCUUCUCAGCCAUUGAGUCUGGGGUGCUGGUGGCAAUGGCCUUUGAUCGGGGUGUGGCAAUCUGGAGCCCUCUCAGGUACAGUGUCAUUCUAACCAACGGUGUGGUCUGCAAAACAGGGUUAGUCAUCUUGUCAAGGGCAGUCUGUGUUGUCUUCCCUGUGCCUUUCCUCAUCAAGAGGCUCCCCUUCUACCACUCCAACAUCCUCUCCCACUCCUUCUGCCUCCAUCAAGAUGUUAUGCACCUUGCCUGUGCCAGCACCUAUGUCAACAGUCUCUAUGGCCUCAUCGCUGUCAUCUUCACCAAGGGUUCUGACUCCCUAUCCAUCCUCCUCUCCUAUGUGUUUAUACUUCAAACAGUAAUGGCUAUUGCCUCAAGAGAGGGUCAGCUGAAGGCACUCAACACCUGUGUUUCACACAUCUGUGCUGUACUAAUCUUCUAUGUGCCACUCAUUGGGGUGUCUGUCAUUCAUCGCUUUGGAAAGCACCUGUCACCACUGACUCAUGUCCUCAUGGCAAAUGCCUACCUUCUUGUACCCCCUGUGCUAAACCCCAUAGUCUAUACUGUGAAGACCAAAGAAAUACGAAGGAAGAUCAUCCAGAUAUUUGUUCAAACCAAGAUUACAGCAGAAGGUUAGAGGCUGCCUGUUUGAGAGAGGAAGAGUCUAUUCUGCAAAAGCUCAAUUAUGACUAUGAGAAAUAAAGAUUAUUUAUUUA